AUGAGGCCUUCUUUUGUUCAUCAAUUCAAGGCAUCUUUGAGAUGUUUUAUUAAGGACGGUGGCGUUGUUGCCGGCAGUAAGGCGAAAGCCUCCAAUAAGGCAAAAGUCUCCAGUACAGAGUUGUACAAAUAUCCUAGCCAGUGGCAUGGGUUGAGCCCUGAAAAGCUAUUACAAUUACAUUUUGAACGUCAGGCAAUCCUUGGGGGUCUUUACAAACCAUCAGAAGAAGAAUAUCGGGCGUUAUUACCUUCUGCAGGGGAGUUGGGUAUUUCUGAGAAUGAAUUUAAAAAAUAUUACUACGCACCAGCAAGUCAAAUGGAGAAGGAGCUGGGCAUUGGGGAUGGGAGAAGCACUGCUGAUGCUGAGCCUUAUGGAUUUGAUGAUUUGCCCUCCCAGGCGCAAGUUUUAGUUUCUCAGCACCGUGAACAACGUUUCUACAACAGGCUUGCAGCAUAUGAGUUGCCAUUGUUGGUUAAGCACCGUCAGGAAUAUAACAGACCUUGCCCCAAAACGCAUCCGGUGACGUAUCGCUACACUACCUACAUUGGAGAGAAGCAUGCAAACUCUCGGAAAGUCGUAUUAUCUGUCAAAACCGCCAAUUUGGGACUAUCGGAAAAGGAAUUACACAAACUGCGUCUGUUGGCCAGGACGCGCUAUGACCACAUAACUGACGUAUUGAAAAUGUCUAGCGAACGUUAUGAAGAGCCCGCACAGAAUGCCAAAUAUCUGAGUACGACACUGAAGAAGUUGAUUAUUGAAGCAAAGAAUACCACUGAUGAUCUCAGCGACAUCCCACUUGACACAAGGCAUACAACUGCUAAAAACAUGCGUAAGAAGACACGUAAUCAUAAGUUCCCUGAGGAGUGGAAACGCCCCGAAGAUGCUCCUAAAAAGACUGUUAACUUGAUCGAGAUGGUUGCAGACCAAUUGUGA